AACAUUGAAAAUGAGUCCCACCCGAUGGGACUUUCCUGUGGAAUUAUGUUGCCGGCCUAUGGCUUUUGUUACCCUUACUGGCCUGGAUGUAGUUUAUAAUGCUGUUCAUCGUGCUGUUUGGGAUGCUUUUUGUGCUAAUCGAAGAGCUGAUCGAGUACCAAUUUCUUUCAAAGUUCUCCCAGGUGACCAUGAAUAUCCAAAAUGCAGAACCAAGAGGACAUCCUAUGAGUGGUACAUUCCAAAAGGGAUCUUGAAGACUGGUUGGAUGAACAAACAUCUGAAUCUGGUGCCAGCCCUUGUGGUUGUGUUCUAUGAAUUGGACUGGGAUGAACCUCAGUGGAAAGAAAAGCAGUCUGAAUGUGCUACUAGAGUAGAAAUAGUAAGGCAAAGUUUACAAGGCAGAAACACAAAAGUUGCUGUGGUUCUCAUUCAAAAGAAAACACCUUUACCUCCAGGAGAAGAUGUGAUUGCUUCAGAAAGGGCAGCUGCUUUAUGUAAUGCCUGUGAACUUUCUGGGAAAUCUCUGUUUGUCCUGCCACAUACUGAUCACCUUGUUGGUUAUAUUAUAAGAUUGGAAAAUGCAUUUUAUGAACAUGCACAGACUUACUACUACACUGAGAUCCGAAGGGUAAAAUCUCAUAAAGAAUUUUUGAACAAAACAACCCACCAGCUUUUAUUUGUCAGACAUCAAUUCAAAAUAGCUUUCUUCAGUGAACUCAAACAAGAUACCCAGAAUGCUCUGAAGAAUUACAGGACUGCCUACAAUCUUGUACAUGAAUUGAGAGCCCAUGAAACUAAUAUGCUGGAAAUUAAGACAAUGGCAGGAUUUAUAAACUACAAGAUCUGCAGGCUGUGUUUCCAACACAAUACGCCCUUGGAUGCAAUUGCUCAGUUCCGAAAGCACAUAGACUUGUGUAAGAAAAAAGUUGGAAGUUCAGAGUUGGCUUUUGAACAUGCCGCUUGGAUGUCUAAACAGUUUCAAGCCUUUGGAGAUUUAUUUGAUGAAGCUAUUAAAUUAGGUUUGACAGCUAUUCAAACUCAGAAUCCUGGUUUCUAUUAUCAGCAAGCAGCAUACUAUUCUCAAGAACGGAAACAGCUUUCAAAAGCACUUUGUAGCCAUGAUUCUUCUGUGAUGUAUCCCAGUCCUGAUCCCUUAGAAAUACAAACAGGUGUGCUUGACUUUUAUGGACAGAGAGCCUGGCGACAAGGAAUUCUAAGUUUUGAUCUUUCUGAUCCUGAAAAAGAGAAGGCAGGAAUUCUUGCCCUUCAGCUGAAGGAAAGGAAUGUCAGCCACUCAGAAGUAAUAAUAACUCUUCUAAGUAAUGCUGUUGCACAAUUUAAAAAGUAUAAGUGUCCACGAAUGAAGAGUCAUUUAAUGGUUCAGAUGGGAGAAGAAUAUUACUUUGCCAAGGACUAUACUAAAGCUUUGAAAUUGUUGGAUUAUGUGAUGUGUGAUUACCGGGGGGAAGGAUGGUGGACCUUACUCACAUCUAUAUUGACCACAGCUCUGAAAUGUUCCUACCUCAUGGCUCAAUUAAAAGAUUACAUUACCUAUUCCCUCGAGCUCCUUGGAAGAGCUUCUACCCUAAAAGAUGAUCAGAAAUCUCGAAUAGAAAAGAACCUCAUGAAUGUUUUAAUGAAUGAAAAUCCUGAUCCAGAACCGGAUUGUGAUACAUCAGCUGUGAAAACUGCUCAAAAGCUCUGGGCUGACCGUGUUUCCCUGGCAGGCAGCAAUAUUUUUACAAUAGGUGUACAGGACUUUGUGCCAUUUGUACAGUGCAAAGCCAAAUUUCUAGCCCCAAGCUUUCACGUGGAUGUACCUGUUCAAUUUGAUAUUUACCUCAAAGCCGAUUGUCCACAUCCCAUCAGAUUUUCCAAGCUCUGUGUUAGCUUUAAUAAUCAGGAAUAUAACCAGUUCUGUAUGAUAGAAGAUGUACACCAAGUGGGUGAUGUUUUGGAAAAUUCAACCCAGGGAACCAUGUGUCUAGUUCCUGGUAAAACAAGGAAGUUUUCCUUUAAGUUUGUUGCAAAAACUGAAGAUGUGGGAAAGAAGAUUGAGAUUUCCUCAGUGGAUCUGAUCCUGGGUAGUGAAAUUGGAAGAUGCGUGAUUCUAAGUUGGCAGGGAGGAGGAGGAGAUGCUGCUUCCUCCCAAGAAGCAUUACAGGCUGCACGUUCUUUCAAAAGACGACCUAAGUUACCAGAAAAUGAAGUUCAUUGGGACAGUAUAAUAAUUCAAGCAAACACCAUGAUCAUUUCUAGAGUUCCAAACAUUUCUGUUCAUCUCCGACAUGAGCCCCCUGCUCUGACUAAUGAAAUGUAUUGUUUAACUGUCACCAUUCAGUCACAAGAGAAGACCACAAUCAGGGAUGUGAAACUCACUGCUGGUUUGAAACCAGGACAAGAUGCUAAUCUGACUCAGAAAACCCAUGUAACUCUUCAUGGAACAGAAAUGUGUGAUGAUUCCUACCCUGCUUUACUUCCUGAUAUUCCUGUUGGAGAUUUGCAGCCAGGUGAACAGCUGGAAAAAACAUUAUAUAUUCGUUGUGGAACAGUGGGCUCAAGAAUGUUUCUUGUAUAUAUUUCUUACUUGAUCAACACAACUGUUGAAGGGAAAGAAAUUGUUUGUAAAUGUCACAAGGAUGAAACUGUUACAAUUGAAACUGUCUUUCCAUUUGACGUUGCUGUUAAAUUUGUCUCUACAAAGUUUGAGCACUUAGAAAGGGUUUAUGCAGACAUACCCUUUCUGUUGAUGACGGACAUUUUAAGUGCCUCACCUUGGGCUCUCACCCUUGUAUCUAGCCAGUUACAGCUUGCUUCUUCCAUGAUUCCAGUGGAUCAUCCACAGUCCCAUGUGGAGAAAGUUGUCUUACAGACUGGUGAGAGUGCCAGUGAAUGUUUCUGUCUUCAGUGCCCAUCGGUUGGAAAUGUGGAAGGUGGAGUACCCACUGGACAUUAUGUUAUCUCCUGGAAGAGGACUUCAGCCAUAGAAAAUGUCCCUGUCAUCAACACUGUCAUUACUCUGCCACAUGUGAUUGUAGAAAGUAUCCCUCUCCAUGUGAAUACAGAUCUCCCAUCCUUUGGUCGUGUUAGAGAAUCAUUACCUGUCAAGUAUCAUCUACAGAAUAAGACCAGCUUAGUUCAAGAUGUAGAAAUUUCUGUGGAACCCAGUGAUGCCUUCAUGUUCUCAGGUCUUAAACAGAUUAGAUUACGUAUCCUACCUGGCACAGAGCAAGAAAUGUUAUACAACUUCUACCCUUUGAUGGCUGGAUACCAGCAGCUGCCAUCGCUCAACAUCAACUUGCUCCGAUUCCCUAACUUCACCAAUCAACUGCUCAGACGUUUUAUACCUACUUACAUUUUUGUAAAGUUCCAGAGGAGUGGUGAUGAAGUUUGCUCUCCACCUCCUGACAGAGAAGUAAUGGGAUACCAAGUGCAGAAUGAGGAUGUUGUUGGGAGCCGACUCCACGUUCCAGAGAAUAGCAUACAGUUUUCCAAGUGACCAGACAGGCUGGGCGACUUAAGAACAAUGAGCCUUUUGUGCUCUUGUAGGCACUCUCAGUCUUGUAAAAGUGCUGUUGGACUUAGCCGAUAAAAGUGCAGAGAUUCAAAUGUUGAGUGUGCCCUACUAGAUUCCCCAUUCACUUUCCCAAUGUGGCUUGCCUCUAAAGAUUACAUUCAGGAAGGGGCUGGCAGUUAAGAAUUGGCCACAUGCAUUAUUCACAUAGGAACAUUUAUUUCCCAUUGUUACACUGCAAAUGUGUGUGCAAGUUGUGGGGUGUUUGAUGGGUUAGCCCGUUUGGUUUUUGGUACAGGGAAAAGGCUUGCAAGGCACUUAAAUAAAAAGUUCUAAGCCCACAAUUAUCAUGCACCUUUGGCUCAGUAAUGCCAGUUAUGUUCUUGUUUGAGUCUGCCUUCCAGGGAGAGAGGCUCUCUCUAACUUGGCUAAGAGUGGGAAAAGGACACUUGAUUGAUUGAUAGGAUGAAUGAAAAUGCUUCCACCUUUGAGGAAGCCCUUUGUUCAAGGGUUUAAAGCCAAUAAAUGUCUUGCCCAAAGUUACUUGGCUAGUUAAUGGUGGAAAUGGGCCUAAAAUAGUAAUAAUAGCCUUUCUGUCUAUGGGUUUACAAUGCAUCUUCCUCACAGUAACCAGACAACUUAGGUAGUACAAGAAUUCUACUUAUACUACAGAUGAGGAAACGGGCUCAGGGAAAUUAUAUGACUUACCCAAAAGUCACACAGCUAGGAAAUAAGAGAUAAGAACUAUGGCCCUUUUUUUUCCCCCGGAUUUCAAGUUCAGUGUGUUUUCCAAUUCACUGCGCUGCCUUCUAAUAAUGCAUGGGCACGUUGUUUAGUAACGACUUUCUAAAGCCAGGCAGUGAGGUAAGACUAUUCUUGUGUGAAAUAAAUAUUUGGGGGACCUCUAACUCAGUCCAUCUCGGGAGGACUCAAUGUAGGAGUCAUGGCACAGUCUGCAUCCUUGUGUAAUGUCCCCAUGGAGAGAGGAGCUGAUACUUCGAAAAGCCAGGAGGGAAGUGGAGGGGGUUCUUUGCAUCUGUACCUGUCUCUGAUAUGAGGCUUUUCUCUGAACUCUUCCCUUAUCCUGCAGUCUUUGGUGAGCUACGGCAGCUCAAAGUGCAGAUUUUUACCUAACAUUAGAAAGGCUGGAAACCCUAUUUCUCUCUUCUUU